AUGAGCAAACGCGCCUAUUUGUGCAUCACCGAUGGCAGUGAAUCUGCAAACAAUGAUCCAAAUGCAUGGGCCAUCGUGAGGCCACGUAAGCGUCGGAGCCGAUGGUCUAAUGCAAAUGAUGAUAAAACUUACGUCCCUGGAAUGCCCACACAGUUGCCCCCUAACCUUACUCCAGCUCAGGAGAAGAUGUAUAUUUUACAACUUCAAAUUGAAGACAUAACACGCCGUUUAAAGACUGGUGAUUUGGGCAUCCCGGCUAAUCCCGAAGACAGGUCCCCCUCACCCGAACCCGUUUACAGUAGCGACGGCAAGCGUCUAAACACACGAGAGUACAGAACGAGGAAGACGAUGGAAGAAAAUAGGCACAACUAUAUUCAGCAAAUGCUGGAGCUUAAUCCCGAGUAUAAACCACCCGUUGACUACAGGGCACCGCAAAACAAAAUCACCGACAAAAUUUUUAUACCACAAGAGGAUCAUCCACACAUAAACUUUGUUGGAUUGCUCAUAGGACCUCGCGGAAACACCCUCAAAGCUCUUGAAAAGGAUACUGGCGCAAAAAUUAUAAUUCGCGGUAAAGGUUCAGUCAAGGAUGGGAAACUGAUACGGCGCGAUGGCAUGCCGAUCCCAGGCGAAGACGAGCCUCUUCAUGCCUUUGUCUCUGCUGCCACUCCGGAGUCGUGCCAGAAGGCCGUAGAAAAGAUCCAAAACAUCAUCCGCCAAGGGAUCGAGGUCCCCGAAGGUGAAAAUGAUCUUCGUAAAUCACAAUUACGUGAGCUUGCACUUCUCAAUGGUACUCUUCGCGAGCACGAAGGGCUUGCUCGCCUUAGGGCGAUGGCGGAGGCACAAACCAUCGCUACGAAUAAAAUUCAGUGUUCGCUAUGUGGUGGUUACGGCCAUCUUGCGUCGGAUUGUAAAUUACGCGACCCCUCGGUCACAAUGGAGCAGCUGGGUAUCAAUCCAACAGAGCGCGCAAAGAUGGACAGCGAGUACACAGCGCUCAUGGCCGAGCUGGGCGUCGGCUACGGGGGUGGUGCCGCCAAUUUGCCUCCCGGCGUUUCGCCUCCUGGUGUGAGGCCUGCGCGUUCGGGGCCUCCAAAGCAGCCUCCACCGCCUGGCGUCGCACCACCACCGGAAGAAGACGAAACGGAAGAUAAGUCGGGUGGGCAUCAUCCGGUACCCCCCGCACCCGUUCCACCUCAUCCCGCAGCUUGGGGGUACAUGGGAGCGCCCGCUCCAAACAGUGCCUACCCCCCUGCUGUGCCACCCGCCGGACCACCUGGUUCCUACGCCGGUGGUCACUACCCCCCACCACCGCCACCGCCUCCCGUGGGCCACAGGGCGUACCAAGGGUGGUAUGGACCCGGUCCUGGUGGGCCAUGGCCUCAUCCUGGACCAGGCGUACCACUUCGUCACAUGGGCUACGGCGGAAACGAAGGCGGUGGCGCCGACUACUGGGCACAGAGCGCCGGCUAUGGAUAUUGUCCCCCACCCCCUCCUCCCGCUCCCGGUCUCUGA